CUUUACUCGUAUAUCUUCUCUCGUUCUUUUCCUUCCUUCCUUCUUUCUUUCCUUUCUCUAUCAGUUUUCUCCCUUUCUUUCUUUUUUCUUCUUCGGUAAAAUAUCAUUUUUUGUUGUUGUACAUACUCGUAAAAAAAAAAAUAGCGAAAAAUUUAAUCAAUCGAUUUGUACGUUUUUUUAAGAAAAAUAUAUAAGCUUGUAUAUAUAGGUUUAUCAUAUUACAGUGUUUUCUUUCCUCGUUUCUACUGAUAUUUUAACGUCGAUUUGUAUUCAUUUUACAAUAUAAUGGUAUAAAAACUUCUAAUUUUGUACAUUGUUGUUAAUUUGAAUCGUAUUCUUUCUUUUUUUUUUUUUUUCAUUUUGAUAACAUGUCUCAUUUAUUCGUAUCCUAAUUUUUUAUUUUCUUUCUCGAAUUUUUAUCUAGUAUGUUUGUUACAUGCGUACAAUAUUUUCCAACAUGAUUCUACAUUAUUAUUUUUGUCGAGUUGAAAAUUGAUUUCUACGUGAUUUUAUUUUUUUUUCAAUUGAAUUGUCAUUUUAUUCGGUAAUUUUUUUUUUCAACCUGAAAAAUUACUAUUACAAUACCUAAUAUUAAUUAGAAUUACGUACUUUUACGAUUUGUAACGCUAAUAUUAUUAUAGUUUAAAUUGUUGUACUUCGUUAUUUUUAAUGCUAAUUUCAAUUUUAGUAUUACGGAUAUAUAUUGUUGUUGUCGGAGUUGUUACUUUACGGUUACUUAAAUUUUUUUAUCGAGUAUAAAAGGAUUCUGAUUUAAACGAAUGUGAAUUUUAAUUUAUUCACGCUUUCUACGAGCUUCGCGUUUGUCGUUACCGAUUAUCUACUGUAAUCAUUUUUCAAUAAUUAGUCUUCAAAACUCGGGUAGGUACUUCAAGUAGGUAAAGGGUUACAUUUGAUUAUACUAAAUUGGAAAAAAAUUAUUCGCUAGCUUUACGAAUGAACUUUUGCAGGUUAGUUAUUGAAAAAUGUAACUUGAUAUGUCGGUGUUUUUUUUUCUUCACGUAGGUUUUUGAAGGCAAAGUUUCGAAGUGACGAUCAAGAAAUGAGCGUGAUUGUUUUGCACGUACGCUGAUAGAACUGACAAAUAAUGCGUUUUUACGAAGAAAGCGUCCGCGUCGCGAUGUAAGGAACGAAGAAUUUUAUCUACCAAGUUUAGACAUUACAAUUACCUAUACCUAGAUAUAUGUUUGCGUUUGAAAUUGACACUAUCGUGUCACUGACGAUGACCCCGCGUUCUGUCGUUGGUUUGCGAAUACCUCAGGUGUGUAAUAAUUAUCUUUGUAAUUAUUUACCUCAAAAAGUGCUAGCGCUUAUUUUACAAAUUUCGAUGACGUUUCAUCUCAACACGCGUACGAAUAAACGUGUGAUGGACUACGAAGAUGGCCAGUUCCAAAAUGAACUGGAAACGUACCGUGUACUGCUAAGUUGGACUAAUUUUUGUCAAUUUUUUUGGAUAUAGAUUACACGUUCACGUUGGUGUCGAAUAUGCUUCAUUCGAAUGAAAAACUGGAGAAGGAUGAAUCUGACUCUGAGCGCGCAAACUGGUACACAUUAUAAGACCCUUUUGAUGAUGCGGGUGGAGGUAGGUGUGGUAUAAAUGAGGGGUGCGAGUACGAUUUCCUGCGGUAUUAUUGCAAUGUUACGACUUGAGGGAUGUGAUGAACUGAUCAUUAGAAAAACUCGAGAUUCAGUCGAUUAGUUUUCAUUGCUCCGAUUGUUUUCAAUUUUGUUGGCUCUUUUUUGCUGUAGGUAGGUACCCAAUACCUAUGCAGAAGAGCAGCAAUAGCAGUACAACUGGAACUGGAAACCAGAAGCCCUUCUCAGUUCUCACAUCAGCAGCGGCGGCUUUUGGUAAUAAAUGGUAGCGUGGUAAAAGAGGGAGAAGAGCGAAAUACUCGAGUCUGGAUUCGCGGUAUCGUGGUAAGCAUGCGCACACAGGGUUCCUUACACCAUCGUCGUGCUCGCGGUUGAUCAUUCAGUUUUUAGUAGCAGUGCGCUAAUAAGAUAAAGUAAGCGUCGUUCACGUGUGCCUUGGCAUUGUGUUGGUAAAAUGCAUUGUCGGCGACUUGGUUGAUUCGGUCUCGGUGCUCACUUCACCACGGCUGUUCACCCUUUUCCAUGUUUCAUCGCCGCUGUUUCCGUGUAAUUCUGCUCACAGCUGUUCUUCUUUCUACAUCAUUUCUACCAUACCUAGAAUUAGGAUUAGUUAUCGCUGCUAGUGUUUAUUUCUUCGAACUGUGUGUCGAGAAUUCACGUGUUUUAUGUUUACUUCUAAUUUCGUGUUCGAUGUUUAUAAUUUUCGGUAAACCCGACGCCGGCUUCUUUUCACCGAAAUAGUGAUGAAAACAAGAAAAACUCCGGCGAAUAAUGUUUUGUAUCGCGAGUUGACCAAUUUGAAAAUUUCCUCGAGCUGUGUGCGACGCCGGCUAUCAAAUGAUUCGUUUUCUCAACAUUUUACUUUUUGUUUCGAGCAUCGUUGGUGAUACGUGGGAAAAAGAAAUUUUCACAUCGCAAGGAAAACGUUUAGAAUUACCGUGCAAUCAUUCUAAUCAAGAAAUCGACGCGACUGUCGUAUGGAAAAUCAACGACAGCGACGUAUCCUUAUCGGGAAGACGCUAUUUGCAACAUGCCAAUUUGAUCAUCGAACGAGUGGACCGUUUUCAAGAUGCUGGGCAGUACCAUUGCGAAGUUGAAAAUAUUCGCUCGAAUUAUUUCACGAAACCCGAUGCGAUAUUCGUACGAGUUAAUUGGAUAGACGAACAGGCAUCGGUUGCAUUAAUAUCUCCUCAGCAUCUUUCUCAAUUGCAACUUGGCAGUAACAUAAGUCUCAAGUGUAUUGCCAGCGGAUCUAGUCAUUUGAAGAUCGACUGGUUCAAAAACGGCGAACGAAUUUCGAAUAACGAUAGAAUUUCAAUCGAGGAUGAUAUUUUACGAAUAAAUCGAGCGAAUGCGCUAGAUAACGGAAUAUACCGAUGCAGAGCGUCGAAUGACGGUGGUUCUGUCGAUAGUUCGAAAACAUUUUCGUUGAAAAUUAAAAGUGAGAAUUGCGCCAACCUGAAUGUGAUCUCGCAAGAUGAAACUGUCAAAGAAGGUUCUUCUGUCGUUUUGAAUUGCCUGUACGAAAAAUAUGACAUACUCGAGUGGUAUUUCAAUGAAAAUGGACCUAUCAAAAAUGAUUCGAGGAUUACUCUAUCGUCGAAUACUUCUUCUCUAUACAUUCAUAAUGUGCGGAAAAGUGACGAAGGAAUGUACGCUUGCGUUGGUGUUAAAAAGGAAUGCGAUACUUAUCCUACCAAGUACACGAUUAUUCUUUCCGUAGCCGAUUUUGAAAAAACCAACUCAUCUUUAUUAGAACCGAGCGAUAGAAUGACGCAUGUUGUCGCAGAGGGCGCCAAUUUCACCAUUGCCUGUAUACCGCCGAAAGGUAAACCGACGCCUGUGAUAAGCUGGAAAAAUCAAGCUGAUGAGAAGAUCAACACCGCCGGCUCGAUUCGACAGGACAAUUAUCAUCUAAGGAUUACCAACGCUAAGAGAGAAGUUUCCGGAAAAUACACUUGUCGAGCGGAAAAUCUGGCCUCGUUUGUAGAGGUUUCGUUCAAUUUGACAGUAGUUGCGCCUCCUCAAAUAAUCGUUCAUCCGAGUUCGCAAACUGUGCACGAAGGUAGCGGCGUAUCUCUUCGAUGUAAAUAUAAAGCAACUGCGUCGCCUUUCACCGAAAUCUCGUGGCGUAAAAAUAAUAUCCGUUUGAUGAAAAAUGCGAGUAAUGCCCUGACUUCUGAAACGGACGGUAGCUUGAAUUUAUCGAAAGUAGAAUCAACCGAUGCAGGAGAGUACAGCUGUGUAAUUACUACAAAGUUCUAUCCACCGGUGAUAUCUCAAAGCGCCACAUUGACCGUAAUACAAAAACUAAAGUUCAAUCCGUUACCGGUUGCUAAAAAAAUGGAGCUCGGUUUGGCGAAUAAAAUUCCUUGUAAGGCCGAAGGAAGCGAGCCGCCUUCUGUUCAAUGGAUCAAGGCAAAUUUCGAAGGCCACCCAGUUCCAUUUCCAAAUCACGUUCAAGACAUAAAUGGUACGCUAUAUUUUUCAAAAGUACGCAGCGAAGACAAAGGUCGAUAUACGUGCAUAGCUUCUAAUCGUCAAGGCAGUAUAAAUGUAACCAUAGAUGUUGAUGUGGUCGUCGCUCCUAAAUUUACUAUUUUGCCAAAAAGUCCGUCCGAAGGACUGGAGAAAUCUUCGGUGAGAUUGGAUUGUGCGGCAGAAGGCGAUCCAGUGCCCACCAUACAAUGGAAUAAUAACUUAGUUGAUAUUUCUCAAAAAAGAUUUACAACUUUUGCAAAUGGUUCGCUGCUAAUUAAUGAACUGCAUUUGAGCGAUGCUGGUACUUACGGAUGUAUAGCUGGCAAUAGCGGUGGAUUCAAUAAGACCGAAGUUAUUUUGGUGGUUCGAAGUACAGAUGGAAAUACGAUUGAUGGAUCAUUGGAUUCGGGGGAAAGUGAUACGGUGGGAAGAACCGUAGCUAUAACGUUGGGCGCAGCGUGCGCUUAUAUUUUAUUAGUGAUUUCAUUAAUGGCAUGGUGCCGUUAUAGAAGAAGGAAGAAGAAACGCACUUAUUCCGAUUUGAACGUCGAUUCGGUCCCCAUGGAUGAUGCGGAAGAAACAAAAUUGCAAAGUAAUACGUCAGAGUUGAAAGAAUCAUCAAAACACAUUCAAAAUGGAGGCGGCGCUCAGCAUAUGAAGCGUAACUCGAGCUUUUCAAAAUAUUUAUCGGAAAAUUGCGUCGGUUUGGAAUUUUCUCGUAAAAAUCUGCACGAUAUUAUGUUAUUAGGAAAUGGAGAACUCGGAAACGUUUUUUUGGCUCGAAAUAAAUGCGAAGCAGACGCCAUUGUAAUGGUGAAAGUUUUAGAAGAAAUGACGCCGGAAUUCCGUAGACAGUUGGAUAUUUUGAAACAAGUCGAUCACGAACACAUCAUCAGGUUGAUAGGUAUCUGUCGCGAAGCUGAACCUAUCUAUAUGAUUUUAGAAUACACAGAUUGGGGUGAUUUGAAACAAUUUUUAAUCGCUACUCGUAAGAGUAGCGUGCGCGUAGUCGGAAAUAAACAACGUCCGCCUCCCUUGACCUUAAAACAAUCGUUGAAAAUUGUGGAAGAAGCGGCGUCAGCCUUGGAGCAUUUUGCUCAACGUCGAUGUACUCAUAGAGACGUCGCGACUCGUAAUUGCCUAAUUACAUCCAGUCUAAGUAUCAAGAUUACAUUUUCGUCGCUCUGUAAGAACACAUACGCCACCGAAUAUUAUGAAAUACGUGGACAGUUUUUGCCGUUGAGGUGGCUGCCAUUCGAAGCGGUAGCCGAAGGUGAAUUUUCCAACAAAACCGACGUGUAUUCGUUCUCGUGUUUUGUUUGGGAAAUUUUCACCAAAGGUGAACUACCAUUUUCGAAAUUAUCCAACGAGGAAGUACUGAGUUUAUUGGAGAAACGUCAGCUGCGCUGGAAGAUGCCUAAAUCGAUGCCGUCAAAUUUAGCCAAGUUAUUGACUAAAUGCUGGUCCGUCGAUGCUGCCGAAAGACCUACGUUCGCGCAAAUAAUCAAGGAAAUUUCCGAAAUCAAAAAUCUAGUCAAUCAGACGUAAACGUUGCACCUGAAAAUGUUUUUUCUCUUUUUUUUUCAACGCUCAAAUCAUUCGAUCUCAUGUAACUCGACAUCUAGAGUGUCGGUUUACUCUUCAUCAUAGUCAUCAUUUUUUUUCUUUCGUUUGUAAUAAUGAAAAAAAUACUUUUUUCAAGUUAUAGAAAUGGAGAGGUAAAAAUAAAAAUACGCUCGCAUUAUAUUUGCGGCGACAUUUUUCGUUGUGAUAUUAUUUUAGGAUUUAAAUUUACUAGUAGGUAGGUAAUUUUUAAUUUUUUUUUUUUUUUUUUUUUUUGUACAUACUUAAUAAUUACUUACACGAGUAUAGAUGCAGUUGUACUUGAGUGUUGUAUGAUGUUCAUUUUGAGAAAUAUCUUCAAGAUGACUGGUUUGAUCGAGUUUUAUAGCGGCGAAUAAUUCAUAAUUUCAUAGAUCUUGAUCCCACCUCGCCUUCCCGGUUUUUCGAUUUUUCAUAAAGCACAUCAACAAUAAAUUGAACAUUUUUUUUAAAAAUUACACUCGGAAUACGUACUUUUACAUUAAUUAUUUUUUUCCAUGUACAUAUAGGUACCUAAUAGUUGUAUUUCUUGCGCUUAUCCCUCGUGUUAUAUCUCAUAGUAGAUAAGCAUUGCUCUGUAAUUUGUUCAUUAAUUCGCCAUAUUUCAUAAAAAUUAUACCUACCUAAUUUGUAUGCUUUUAUGUAAUCUGUUACAGGGUGCCCAAUAUAAUAUUGGGCAUAGCUGGCGAGAAUUUCAGCGGCUUGGCAGCAUCGAAUAAAUAUGUAGUUUGAUAUAGCUCAGCGCUGGCGACUGGCGUUGCCAACCCACGAAAAUUCUCAUCUGUUAUGCCCUAUAUUAUUGGGGACCUGCUGCGUGGGAAAUCGAAUGCGCUAAUUUUUGAAUAAAAAUUCAUUCCCUAGUCGAGCUAAUGUCGAAUUUAUGUAAUUUAACGCAUCUAUACCUACGCGAAUUUAUUUUGAAAUUUUCGUACGCGGGGGUAUAUUUUUUUAGAUGUAUAAUUUUGUCCAUCUAAUAAUUUUUGUACUUUUUAAACGUUGUAUUUUUAUGAUUUGCAAAUAAAAAUUUGA